GGGGUUUAUCGUGCGGCCCAAACAAGUCUUCUAACAUUAGGGCAGGAACGGAAGAAGAAGGGCUUACUACAGACCUUCGUUUUCUUCUUCACAAGAAAAUCUGCAUUUCUUCUUCAUUAAAUCAGGAAAAGGACUCCAAAUGACCAGCAGAAAGAUUGUGCGGGACUUGUUUAUCUCAAAACAACCUGUUUUCCGACGAAUAUUAGCACCGCAACAGGUGGUUUCUGGUAGAGUUGCAACAAAUUUGAGGUUUGUUGGAGCAGAUAGGUAUCUGGGUAUUCGUCAUUUCGGUGUAUUCAAUGAGUUCUCCAAGAAAGUUAAAGGCGAAGUAGACAGUAAUCAAGAAUUCCAACAGUCAGUCAAGGUGUUGAAGGAGAAAGCAGAGGAGUUAAAAGGGGUGAAAGAGGAUCUUAAAACAAGAACAAAGCAGACAACUGAGCAGCUUUACAAGCAUGUCGAUGGUGUUUGGACGGAAGCUGAAGCUACGGCAAAAAAGGUUUAUGCUAAUGUGGAGGAAAAAAUAUCUGCUACUAAAGAGGAGGUCAGGUCAAGUUUUCGGACGGGGAAGGAAGAAACUCCAGGAUCAAGUGGUCAUUCAGAUACUUCUGGUUCAAAUACCAAUGAGAGUAGUGAGUCUGCAUCAGCAAAAACUCAACAGGAGCAGCAGCAGCAGCAAUCUUCUUCCAGUGAUAAUGCAGAAACAGUUUUUAGCAAGGUUAAGUUUGCUGCUUCAUCCUUAUCAUCAAAAGUCUCACCAGCCUUCCAAAAAAUAAAAGAAGCAAAGCCUGUUGACUUAGCCAAGAAGGGAUAUGGCAUUAUAUUGGAUGAAUUGAAAGGUACUCCAGGUAAGAGAAAGCGCCUCGAACAUUCUGCUCCUACACAAGAAACUUCAUCAAACUUCGAGAGGAGCACAAGGACUGAUGUUGCUGUCUUACCAUCAAAGCAGUCGAAGUGGAAUAAGAAAUGGGAGGCACUCAAGGAAAAGAUGCAAGGUCACCCUGUGUUUAAGCGCUUCACUGGCAUGAGUGAACCUGUUGUAACAAAAAGCCAGGAGAUUGCAGAAGAUAUUCGUGAGAGAUGGGAAACGAGUGAUCAUCCCGUUGUUCAUAAAAUCCAAGAUAUAAAUGAAACUGUGUUUGGAGAAUCAACAGCUGCUUUGUCAUUUAAAGAGAUCCGCCGCAGAGAUCCGUCAUUCUCUUUACCUGAAUUUGUUGCUGAGGUUCAAGAAGUGAUUCGACCAGUUCUUGGUGCUUUCUUCAAAGGAGAUUCAGAGGUGUUGAAGAAAUAUUGCAGCAAAGAGGUAAUUGAGCGGUGUAAAGCAGAGCAUCAAGCUUUUGAAUGCCAGGGUAUCAUUUUUGAUAACAAGAUUUUACAUAUUUCGGACGUUGAAGUACGGGAGACAAAAAUGAUGGGAGACAGUCCCAUUAUCAUUUUGGCGUUCCAGACGCAACAGGUUUACUGCAUACGUGAUAAACUUGGUUCAAUUAAAGAAGGGGGACAGGAUACAAUACACACUGUAUACUAUGCUUGGGCUAUGCAACUAGUAGAAGCAGAAGAACUCGGAGAAGGAGCGAUCCACCCUAUAUGGAGGCUUAAAGAGAUGCAGCAACUUGGUGUUGCAGCCCUCAUCUAAAUGAACUCAUCAUGGGGAGUGGAUAAUGUUGCUGCCUGCGCCACCUUGUUCAUGUUCUCUUGCACUUAAUUUGUGCAGAAAAAUUUUUGCAAUAAAUUUUUGCCCUUUCCUCCGUUGGAACGGAGGCAUCAUGUAUUCAAAUUAAUGAGGAGAUAGGAUAUUUUUUCACUGUACUUGAGCAACCAUGAACACUGCAAAAAUAGAAUAUUCAUGAUAGUUUUGCAGAAGAACUAUAUUCGUUACGAUUUUAAGGUGCAUGUAUAAAGGCUUACUACGCUAUAGUUAACUUGAUAUAGCGAAUUAGUUACGAUUUUUACGAGGUGACAUGUAAUACUCUCUCCAUUUC